AUGGGGCCAGCCUCCCUGUGCCACCCGCUAGCGGGCCUCAUGUGGACGCUGGCACUAGGUGGGGUCUUCCUGGCAACCGCCCAGGCCUGUGUCCUCUGUCACCUCUCAGACCGUGACCUGUCGGGCCGCCUGGCUCGACUCUGCAACCAGGUGAAGGCUCGGUGGGAGACCUGUGAGGCCUCCUGGACCUUCCCGGCCUUUGCCUUAGAUGAGGUGUCCACGAACAAAGUCAUAGAGAAGACUCACAGAGUCCUGAGGGUCAUGGAGAUCAAAGGGUCUCCCUCCUCACUCCCUUUAUAUUGGCAAUGGCUGCAAAAGGUCAAGUUUCCCGAGUACACCAGGGAAGCUUUCUGUGCUCCCGCCUGCCGGGGCAGCACCGUCCUGUACAACUGUUCCACCUGCCAGAGCUUUGCCGUGCACUGCUGGCCUCUAAAGCGCUGCGUCCCAGGAAGUCACGAUCUUCGGGAAGCCAGGGUUCUGCUCCUCUCUGUGUUCAUAACUGUCCUGCUCCUGGGCGUUCUGAGCCUCGUGGUGGAGUCCAGACACUUCAAAGCAAAAAGUGACAUGUGAAGACAGCCUCCCAGCCCCCACGUCCUUUGGAAGGGACCCGCCAGCCCCUCACUUCCAAUCCCAAAGGCUCAGCCUUCCAGACCCUAAACCCAGCCGCCUCCGUGAUCCCAGUGUCAGAUGGCCUCCAGGGGCCCAGGCACCCACAUCUGGAAAGUUCCUCCCCUCCGGCCCUCAACUAAUCAGCCAGAAGCAGUCACUGAUUCCAGGAAAAUGGCUACAGGAGGAAAGAACCCCCUCCACACACACACACACACACACACACACACCGCCGCCCCCACACCCCCUUCUGCCUGUUCUCGGAAAGCGGGGGCUGUUCGCCCCAGAAGCUGCUCUUGGCCCUCCUCUGACUGAUUGGGAAUCCGGGAACGAGGGUUCUGGAAAACUCCCUCCCUUUAAAGUGGCGACCACAUCAGUCAGCCUGCUGGCAUGCUAUCCCUCCAUUUAACAUUGUGAAGCCUUGGCCUCCCACAGAGGCCUCCCU